AUGGCAUCUGUGUCAUCCAAGCUUAUUAGACAAGUUGGUGAUGCUCAGAUUCGCAUGUCGCCUAUGUUUGAUUCAAAUGUGACUGAGAAUUCAUCCGUGUUACUUCGAUCCAUAAUGCAACCACUUGCCGUAGCUGGAGCCUCUCGAUCUCAAGCAAAGACAAAUUUGUCGACAUCCAUCUCACUCUCAUUAUUCGAUCUAAAUAGUAAUGAGAUUUCUAUUCGUACCAGUGCCAAUCAUUCAAUCGAGCUCCUUAUUCCUCGAGAUCCUAAUUCUCUUAUACCACCAAUGACCUUGCAAAAUGUUACUUCGAUGAGUAGUGUGCAACCUUUUAAUUUACAUGUUGUCAAUAUGACUCAAUUUUUGACCAACACUAAUCUUAGUGUAUCGCUACAUUUCGAAAUACGUCCUCUUAAUGUGAGUCUUGGUUACUUGUUCAUCUACAAAUUCGAUAAUUCACCUGAACUAAACAGUGCGAUCAAUCAAAUGGAUGGAUGGUCUUUACUUUGUCCUUCAAGUAAGUUUCGGUACUGUGAUUUGAAAAAAUAA